CGCUAUGAGAUUGAUAAUGACCUAAUGGAGUUCAACAUUUUAAAAAACAGCUUUAAAGCUGACAAGGAGGUGAAGCGAAAAGAGAUCCGAAAUGGAUUUCUCAAGCUGCGCAGCAUUCUACAGGAGAAGGAGAAGUCCAUUAUGGAGCAAAUAGAGAAUCUGGAGGUGUCCAGGCAGAAGGAGAUUGAAAAAUACGUGUAUGUCACAACCCUGAAAGUGAAUGAAAUGGAUGGCCUGAUUGCCUACUCCAAGGAAGCCCUGAAAGAGACAGGCCAGGUGGCAUUUCUGCAGUCCGCCAAGAUUCUGGUGGACCAGAUUGAAGACGGCAUCCAGAGCACCUAUAGGCCUGACCCACAGCUCCGGCUACACUCCUUGCACUGCAUGCCCUUGGACUUUGCUGAGCUCUCCAGUGCUAUCCACGAGCUCUUCCCCACAGGACCCAAGAAGGUAUGCUCCUCAGGGGACUCCCUGCCCUCCCCCUAUCCCAUGCACUCAGAACUGAUGAUCGCCAGGAAGGUCACUUUCAGCACUCACAGCUUCGGCAACCAGCAGAUAUACCAGCGAAGCUCCUCCUUGUUGUCCUUCAACGCCACCGGUGGUGAGAAGGCCAAAAUGGGUCUGGACGCCUAUGGGCGAGCCCAGUCCGCCACACCUGCCAAACCCACAGAUGGCCUCUAUACUUACUGGAGUGCAGGGGCAGACAACCAGUCUCUGCAGAACAGCAGCAGCUUCCACAACUGGUACUCAUUCAAUGAUGGUACUGUGAAGACCCCAGGCCCAAUUGUUAUCUACCAGACUCUGGUGUAUCCUAGAGCUGCCAAGGUUUACUGGACAUGCCCAACAGAAGACGUGGAUUCUUUUGAGAUGGAAUUUUAUGAACUCAUUACUACCCCUCCUAACAAUGUGCGGACAGAGCUUUGUGGGCAAAUUCGGGAUAUAAUGCAGCAGAGUUUGGAGCUGCACAACCUGACCCCCAACACUGAGUAUCUGUUUAAAGUUAGAGCCAUCAAUGACAAUGGUCCUGGGCAAUGGAGUGACAUCUGCAAGCCAGGAUGGACACCCAGGUGACCUCCAAUAGUGCCUCAGUGAACA